CUGCAUUCAAGACCGACUCCAGCUGCGAGAUCUCUCUGCAGCCACACAUCAUAAAAUCGUACCUGGCCAUACAGCCUGAUCUUCUGCAAUUGCAAUUCCUUUCUUUGCAAUUCGUCGUCGACUGCCGCCGCAGACCAUUGCUGUUCAGGGGCUCACCGACUUUGUCGUAGUCAUUGGCGGAAUCAAUCUGAAUCCCAAGCCUCAAGCAUCCAGCGCCCAACAUGUCGAGCUUCAUUACAAACCUGUUUCCUUCUUCCCAGGGAGGUAAACACGACGAUAUUCUCCCUGUCCCUCCUCCACCUCUUCACACUCGCUCGAGCCAAAACGAAGCCUUCAGCGAACGACCCAACACACCCACCAGAAACAGUUUCAUCACACCAGUGUCAACCCCGCAAGGAAGCCCGAGCAAGAAUCGAAACCCUCCUGGUGCCAACGAUCUGCCAGUUGCAUUCGACAAUGCUAUGAAGAUCAAUCCUACAUCGACCUUUGGCAGCCCUACAAAACUUGGACGAUCACAAGCCGUAACACCAUUGUCACCUGGCAAGAGCAACGCUUUGGCAAUGGACGAGUCUUACUUUGGCAAUGCAGCAGGCAAUACCGACGAUAGCAUCAUACACAAAUCCGCUGUCUCCCCAGGCAGUCCUCUACGGAAACAAGGAAAGGAGAAUACCCCUCCGGCUUCCAGGCAAGGUCUUGAAUCUGUUGCUCAAAAUCAAGCUGCUAUUUCCAGACAAGAACUGUACCAGCCGAGAGAUCAGCAAGCAAAGCCGACCAAGAAAUACAACACUCAACGAGGUUUGACUGCAGAGGAAUUGGAGAUCUUGAACAAGCCAAACGUCAAACGACUGGCCAAUGUAACUCAAUUGUAUUUCCUAGACUACUACUUCGAUCUUCUGACCUACGUUGGAGCUCGUCAAAAUCGACUCAACCACUUCAAGGCCGAAUUCCCUGAACCUCCAGCCACUCCUGAGGAGACCUACAAUCCCGUAUGGCAGAAAUAUGUCGGUAGAGAGCGUGCCAAUCUCCGCAAGCGUCGUGUUCGUCUUCGUCAAGGCGAUUUCCAAAUCCUCACACAGGUUGGCCAGGGUGGCUAUGGCCAGGUCUUCCUUGCCCAGAAGAAGGAUACCAGAGAAGUUUGUGCUUUGAAGGUCAUGAGCAAGAAGUUGUUAUUCAAGCUUGAUGAAAUUAGGCACGUCCUCACUGAGCGCGACAUCUUGACUACUGCCAAGAGUGAAUGGCUUGUACGACUGUUGUACUCAUUCCAAGACGAGAAGAGCAUCUAUUUGGCGAUGGAAUAUGUCCCUGGAGGCGAUUUCCGAACCCUGCUGAACAAUACUGGUGUCCUUGCUAAUCGUCACGCUCGUUUCUACAUUGCCGAGAUGUUCUGCUCCGUCGAUGCUUUGCACCAACUUGGCUAUAUCCAUCGAGAUCUCAAGCCUGAGAACUUCCUCAUCGACUCAACCGGUCAUGUUAAGCUCACAGAUUUUGGAUUGGCAGCUGGCUUUCUUGCUCCUGGCAAGAUUGAGUCUAUGCGUGUUAAACUUGAGAAAGUUGGAGAGACCUAUGUACCAUUCGGUAAGCCGAUGGACCAGCGUACUGUUGCAGAGCGUCGAGAAGGAUACCGAUCGAUGAGAGAAAAGGAUGUCAACUAUGCGAAGUCAAUCGUUGGCUCGCCUGACUACAUGGCUCCUGAGGUUCUCAAAGGCGACGAGUACGAAUUUUCAGUCGAUUACUGGAGUCUUGGCUGUAUGCAUUUCGAAGCCUUGACCGGUUUCCCACCCUUUGCAGGUGCUACAGUCGACGAGACUUGGAAGAAUUUGAAGCACUGGAGAGAAGUUCUGAAGCGACCAGUUUGGGAGGAUCCAAACUACUUCAUUAGCAACAGAACCUGGAACUUCAUCACCAGUUGCAUUGCCUCCAAGUCGAAGCGAUUUUCUUCCAUCAAGCAAGUCUAUGAGCAUGAUUAUUUCGCCGAGGUUGACUGGACCACUCUUCGUUCUCAAAGAGCUCCGUUUGUACCCGAACUUGACUCUGAGACUGAUGCUGGCUACUUUGAUGACUUCAGCAAUGAAGCUGAUAUGGCCAAGUACAAGGAAGUCCACGAGAAACAAAAUGCCUUGGAGAACAUGGCCGAUAGGGAAGAUCCCAUGAGCAAGAGCUUGUUUGUUGGAUUUACGUUCAGACACCGCAAGACUGAAGAUGGUAGCAAGUCAAGCCCGAGAAAAGCAAUUGCUACUGAUGGAACAUUCGGGACGAUGCUAUGAGGAAUGACUACGAAGUUGAUGGCUUUUUCGCUUCUAUCUUCGCGUUAGGGUCUUGAAAGAGCGUAAAGGAGCAUUGAAGAUGGUGGUGUCUGGCGUGUGCGCACUCAGACGGGUCUACAUUGGUUGUCUUUGCUGAUUGAUUCUUAUUACAUCUACUGUUUAUGCACUGUUGGAGUUCAAGAUGGCGAGGCCAUGCUGCUCAUGAAAGGCUGUUGUACUAAUAGCGACGAAUACAAUUGAUGAACUGAUUAUGACACCAGAG